AUGGACAACAAGGACACACCAGACCUGGACCACGUUGAGGCCCUCAAGCCUGCAACGGCGCCGGCCCAGAACCAUGGCGAUGUCCUCCUCGUAACCAGCCAAGAUGUUCGAAGAAUACCAGUGCCGACAGACAACCCCAACGACCCGCUCAACUCGAAGCCGUUCAAGAAGUUCAUGAUUGUUGCGAACUGCUGCUGGUUCGCGGUCUUCUCCCUCCUAAGCCUCAGCGGCACCGGGACCUUCAUGAACACCCUCUUCGAGAUGUACGCGCCAGAGGGCAAGUCAGCCGAGCAGGUCGUCGGCCUCAGCACCUACCCAACAAUGGUCAUGGCCCUCGGCAGCUUUGGCCUGCUGCCGCUGGCCUUCGUCCUCGGGCGGCGGCCCGUCUUCUUGUUCUGCGUCGCCCUCGCACUCGUCAUGGUCAUCGUCGCGGGCGCGAGCAACAACUUCGACACGCACUUCGCCGCCCGUCUCGUGCUCGGCCUGGCCACGGGCGCCACCGAGUCCCUCCUGCCGCUGAUCUUGUCGGACUUGACGUUCCUCGACGAGCGGAGCUUCUACUUCGGGCUCUACUGGUCGUCGCAGAACGCCAUCAACGCCGGGCUGCAGGUCGCCCUGUCGUACAUGAUUGCCGCCUCGUCCUGGCGGUGGUACUAUUGGCUCUUUGCCAUCACCUUGGGCUUCGGUGCUGUCUCCGCUUUCUUCUUCCUCCCGGAGACCCGAUUCCAGCGCCCACUUGCGCUGGUCAACGGAUAUGUAGUCUACACUGACGACUUUGGACACACCCAAUUCCUCACCGACGAAGAGGCACGAGAGCGGCUUGGUGAGAGGAUAGACAAUGAGAAUGGCGGGGAGCCUGUCGAGAAAAAGACAUUCGCGGAGGAGCUCAAGCCCUGGAGCAGCGUCCCCCCAGGCGCCUUCAAGACCUGGCUGGGCGCCUACGCCGCCAUCGCCAGGUCGCUGACAUCACCCGCGGUGUGGUUCGCUCUGCUGGCCUCAUCCAUCACCCUCGGCAUAGGCGUGGCCAUCACCCUCGUGUACAGCACCGUCCUCGAGGAGUCGUUCCACUGGGGGCCCGAGUCGGUCGGGCUGUUCAACGUGGGCAUCAUCCCCGCGGCCGUCCUCGCCAUGGUCCACUCGGGCUGGUUCGCCGGCAGGGUCAACGUCUGGCUGGCGGCCCGCAACGGCGGCGUCCACAAGCCCGAGCACCACCUCGUCCACCUCGUCAUACCGUGCGUCGCUGGUGCCGUCGGGAUCGUGGUCUUCGGCGUCGUCGCUAAUGAGCCUGAGAGGUACUCUGCCUGGGGGCUUGUCCUCGCCUGGAGCAUCUUCGAGUUCGCAUUCACUGCCGUCCUCAUCACCACGACGACCUUUGCUGCCGAGGUCAUACCGGAGAACCCGGGCGCCGCCAUGGUGCCUGUGGUUGGUGGGAAGAACAUCAUAUCGUUUGGCGCGUCAUACGGACUGAUACCUAUGCUGAACAUGUGGUCUUACUUGAAGAGCUUUCUCGUGUUGCUCGGAAUAUUCGUUGGAAUCUUUUUCCUAGGUGUGCCCAUCUACUUCCUGAAUCCAAAGUGGAGGGCCUCAGCGCUGAAAAAGACGUCGUAA